UCUCCUCCCACCGCCGCGCGCUAGCCCAGCCGAGCCGAGCCGAGCCGAGCCGAGCGGGCGCCGCGCCGGCCUCCCGCCGCAGCCGCGCUUCCCAGCACCCAGCGAGCGAGUGGGCAGGCGGGCGGGCGAGGCCGCCGCGGGGGCCGGGCCCGGCGUCCUCCUCGCCGCCCGCAACGUCCCCGGGCGGGCGCGGGCCGCGAUGGCAGCGGCGGAGCAGGGCUGAGCCCGCUGCCCGCCCGCAGUCCCCGGCCCCGCUGGCCCCAGUCAUGGCGAAGCAGUACGAUGUGCUGUUCCGGCUGCUGCUGAUCGGGGACUCCGGGGUGGGCAAGACCUGCCUGCUGUGCCGCUUCACCGACAACGAGUUCCACUCCUCGCACAUCUCCACCAUCGGUGUUGACUUUAAGAUGAAGACCAUAGAGGUAGACGGCAUCAAAGUGCGGAUACAGAUUUGGGACACUGCAGGGCAGGAGAGAUACCAGACCAUCACAAAGCAGUACUAUCGGCGGGCCCAGGGGAUAUUUUUGGUCUACGACAUUAGCAGCGAGCGCUCUUACCAGCACAUCAUGAAGUGGGUCAGUGACGUGGAUGAGGUAGGAGAUGCCACCUCACUGCCGGGGUGUGGAGAGGGUGCCUCACCGGGGAAGGCAAGGCGAGGGCCAGAUGGGAAGGCAAAUGCUUCCAGGAAGCUUUGCCUUCCACAGCCCUGGAUGAAGACCUCUGGUACGCACCAGAAGGCGUCCAGAAGAUCCUUAUUGGGAAUAAGGCUGAUGAGGAGCAGAAACGGCAGGUGGGAAGAGAGCAAGGGCAGCAGCUGGCGAAGGAGUAUGGCAUGGACUUCUAUGAAACAAGUGCCUGCACCAACCUCAACAUUAAAGAGUCAUUCACGCGUCUGACGGAGCUGGUGCUGCAGGCCCAUAGGAAGGAGCUGGAAGGCCUCCGGACGCGUGCCAGCAAUGAGUUGGCACUGGCAGAGCUGGAGGAGGAGGAGGGCAAACCCGAGGGCCCAGCGAACUCUUCGAAAACCUGCUGGUGCUGAGUCCUGUGUGGGGCACCCCACACGACACCCCUCUUCCCUCAGGAGGCCCGUGGGCAGACAGGGGAGCCGGGGCUUUGCCCUGCUGCUGUCCUCUCGUGUGAUGACCCUAUUGAGUAUCAGUAGCCACUACUCCCCCUGCCUGGCCCUGAGAGCUGCUCUGCUGUCAUCUCAAGCAGCCCCUGCCCCCAGCCUGUCCACCCUGGAGUGGUCUUCUUCAGCCUGUUUCCCCAGCCACAGGCCUGCUACGACCCCCACGAUGUGCCGCAAGCACUGUCUCACCACCCCGCACCCACCAGACAACAGCUGGGGCUGGAGUCCAGGCCACUUUCAGCUCCUCCUUUCUCCGCGCAUCGUGUCUCCUCUCUGCUUUUUCUCUCUUCCCCCACUUCUCUUUCUCUGACCCCUCCCCUCCAGUGCGUUUCGUAUCAAAGCUCCUCAAACCCCGUCCCCCGUGUGUCCUGCUGUGUGCAGCUCACUCUUUCCUUCCUUCCUAAGCUAUCCGAGGGGAUGGACCCAGGCUCGUGGGGAGGUUCCACCCUUGGAUCCAGGAAGAACCCUCCACCCUGCCUCGUGGGUGGGCCAAAGGCUACAGGGUGCUUCUUCCUCUUCCCCCACCCCCACUGUCCCUCACGUGCCAUGGGCCUGCCUCCCCAGUGACCUGCGAAAGUGGAGCAUCGAGGUAGGAGGGAAACGGCAACCGGGGAGUCCUCGAGCCUGGGGCUGCCCUACCUCUACCCAUUCCCCCACCAGAGCUUUGCCCUUGCUUGGCUGCCCGCCUGCCUCUUUGGGGAACUGAGCUCAGAGGCAGGUGCUUCAGAGAAGGAAACAAAAUGAGGGGUGGCAGGGAUAAAAAGUCACCUCCAUUCUCUACCUCCCAUGCAGCAUGAACACAUUUUCUCUCCACCUGGCUCCCAAAUUUAAAGAUGUGGACCAAGGCCUGUGGGUACUCCAGGGGCAAGGAGAGCCCUGGGGUCAGUGACACUGUCAGGCCAACCAUGCACUCCACAAAGGGGAGCAUUUGGAAAUGGAGGACUAGCUCCUAUGUAUCAGGUUAAGAGCAAGGGAGAGCUGGCCAGGGACAGCAGUUUGCACAGCAGAGGGGAAUGUAGCAACAGCAGGGCCUCCUAGGCCCCAUCUUCCAUUUCUUAGGUAAGAAGAGCAUUUCCUCAGACUCCCAGGCGGAGGACUGAGCCUAGCCUUCAGCAACCAAGGUUCUCCUGGGACCCAAAGUUUAUGGGAGAAGGGCAAAGACUUCAUGGGAAGAGAGAAGGAAGGCCCUGGGUAGAAACGCUUGGUGCUGUUCUCUUUGGCCUUUAAGACAAAGCGCUCAUCUUGCCCUCUACCUCCUGAUAGGCUUGAGGGUUUGCCAACCACUGUGGCUACAGGUGGAGGGAAGAGGACUCCCUCCUCCAGAGUGCUAUGUUCAGGAAGUUUCUUUAACCCCAUAUGGCCCAAGAAUAGCUUAUAAGAGGCCCUUUAAAGACGGAACAAGUAAUUUACCAGUUCUACUGGGGUUCCUGCCCACCGUCCCAAGGUGGGCGAGGCCUAGGAAGAGGGUCAUUCUUAAGCCACACAUUAGCUGCAUUGCAUGGCUGCAGCCAAAACAAAGAACUGGGUGUUGAGUAUUCAUCAACUAAGGACCAAAAUCCAGGGCACUCAUAUGUGAAGGAUAAGAACCUCACUUCCUUACUCCUCCAAAAAGAAGUGGGGAAAGAACCACCAAACCUUUCCUCCUGACUUACCAAACCAGGAAAACAGCAGGAGACGGUGGCUCAGGACUUAGGGACAGGGUAUAGCUUAGAUGGUGGAAAGCAAAGGAGAGCAGGAAGUUGUAAAUCACUGGCUAAUGAGAAAAGGAGAGAGCUAACUCUAGGAUGAAGCUGUGACUAGGCUGGAGUUGCUUCCUUGAAGAUGGGACUCCUUGGGUAUCAAGACCUAUGCCACAUCACACUGGGGCUAGGGAAGUAGGUGAUGCCAGCCUUCAAGUCUGUCUUCAGCCAGGGACUUGAGAAGUUAUAUUGGGCAGUGGCUCCAAUCUGUGGACCAGUAUUUCGGCUUUCCCUGAAGAUCAGGCAGGGUGCCAUUCAUUGUCUUUCUCUCCUAGCCCCCUCAGGAAAGAAGGACUAUAUUUGUACUGUACCCUAGGGGUUCUGGAAGGGAAAACAUGGAAUCGGGAUUCUAUAGACUGAUAGGCCCUAUCCACAAGGGCCAUGACUGGGAAAAGGUAUGGGAGCAGAAGGAGAAUUGGGAUUUUAGGGUGCAGCUACGCUCACCCUAAACUUCUGGUGGCCUGGGGCAUGUCUUGAGGCCCAGACUGUUGAGCAGGCUCUGCUGGCCUGUUUACUCGUCACCACCUCUGCACCUGCUGUCUUGAGACUCCAUCCAGCCCCAGGCACGCCACCUGCUCCUGAGCCUCCACUAUCUCCCUGUGACGGGUGAACUUCGUGUACUGUGUCUCGGGUCCAUAUAUGAAUUGUGAGCAGGGUUCAUCUAUUUUAAACACAGAUGUUUACAAAAUAAAGAUUAUUUCAAACCACC